CAAUCCGUUAACGCACAGCCACCCUGCGCGCUGUCAGUGUCCGAUACCGGCGACGUCAGUGCCAGUCUGUCCCUGGAACUCGUGGCUAUCGCGUCGCUCGAAAAAGAUGAAGCCGUCCGCGACCAGUGAACGAACGAACGGGUUGGCGUCUCCCACCGAGACGUUCGAAGAGGAAUCGGUCACACCAUCUUCCACCGAACCACCGCAUGUCCGGCUCGUGAUCGCCCUCGAACCCCUGCUGACGGUGCUCUCUAUUGUGCUGGACCUGGUGAAAGUGGUCCUGCUCGGUGUGCCGCUAAUAGUGCGCGAAAUCUACACCAUGUUUGUCCCGCGCCCACAGAAAGAUGUGCGCGGCCAGGUAGCGCUCAUUACCGGCGGUGGCAAUGGGUUGGGUCGUGCGAUGGCUCAGCUGUUUGCGGCUCGCGGUUGCCAUCUGGUGCUGGUGGACAUUGAUCUGCAAGCGGCCGAGCGGACGGCCGAGGAGCUGAGGCAGCAGUACGGCGUGGCAGCUCGUGCUUACCGCGUGGAUGUGUCCCAGUACGAGCAGUGCCGGGCGUUGGGCGAACAGAUUGAGCGGGAUGGCGCCGGCCCGGUGGACAUACUGAUCAACAAUGCCGGGCUGAUCAUGUUUGCGUUCGUGAACGAUUCCGAUGUCGAGCGGGCGAACAGCGUGAUUGAUGUUAACAUGAAGUCGCACGUAUGGAUGACGAAAGUGUUUCUGGAUGGAAUGAUCAAGCGUAAACGGGGCCACAUCAUUGGCAUAUCGUCAAUGUCCGGCAUGUACGCCUUCCCGUGGGGCGUCGUCUAUUCGGCGACAAAGUUUGCCGUUUCCGGAUUCAUGGCUUCGCUAACGGAGCAGCUGCGCAUCCAGGGACUUUCGAAAAGCGUUCGAACAACCUGCGUUAACCCGUACUACGUGACGACACGAAAAGAUGUUAUUGAGUUCCUGCAGAAACCAAGGUUUGCUCCACUGACGGUAGAUGAGGCCGCUCGUGAAAUUGUAAAAGGAAUUCUACGGCAAGAUAUCGUUGUGACGAUACCACGAUUAUUUGGCGUUUUUACACGGUUUAUGUUGUUCUUCCCAGUGCCAGUUCAGCAGCUCGUUCGAGAUUAUUUAAUCCGCGAAUAUGAGCUUAACAACAAUCUACACAUGUAAACCACGUAGCCGACAAGUGAGGCCUUUUUUUGUUUACCGAAAAUGACCGAAUAAAUACGUUCAAUUGCUGUCCAUAGUGCCGAUAAUCAUUAAGCAGAGUGACUCGAGGUUUAUGCCUGAUUAGUAUUUGAAAACUUCGUACGGAAUAGCUCGAUCGUUAUACUGUGUUAGUCAUUCGUUGCCUUGUGUAGCAGUUGAUUAUUGUGUAUGCAAUGGGUUGCAUACGACAGAUGAGCUUAAAGUGAAUUAAACUACUUGAAGUGAUAGAUCCUUUAAAUGAUAGUGAAUAAAAAUUAUAAUGGGGGAUAUGUGUCAAACAAACUA